AAUUAAAUUGAUUCCUUCACUCAUAUUUGGGUAUACGCAGCUAAACACUAAGUGCAAAUUGUUGCGGCAUGACCUCAUACUCCAAAGACUAGAAGGACACGAGAAAAAACAAGGUGUGCUAAAAUUCAUGCAAGAAGUUGGGAAGAAAGAGAAGAGGUGACUUUUUAUGAAGGACAAGCAGUGGGACCAACUCCAAGAAGAGUGAAGGAUUUAACUUACUUUAUUGGAACAAUGGGAAGGAAUAGUGAUUUCAUAACAUUGAUGUACACUAGUUAGAAAGCUGUGCCCCUCAAAGUCAAAAAGCGCAUAUGGAAAUAUAUUAACUCAAAGUUCAUUCUUCCAAAAGAGGGGAAAGGGUGGGUGAUGACUGGUGUUCGAGAAGCUUGGAAAGGUUACAAAACAAGAAUCAAGGGAAAGCAUUUUGAGAUAUAUAACAACAUUGAAGAUAUGCUGAAAAAUUGCCCUUUAGAUAUUCCAGAAGUUCAAUUUCGAAAGUUAAUUGCAUAUUGGAGUAUUCCUUCUGUUAAGGCUCUAUCUCGUUUAAAUUCUGAAAAUCGUAAAAAGCAACAACAUCAACAUCGAAUGGGACCUAUAAGUUUUGCAAGAGUGCGUAAUGAAAUGCGUGAAAUGAAUGAGAACAAAGAAGACCCAUCACAGGUUGAUGUGUUUGUUGCAACUCGAACUGGACGAAAAGGAAAAGAUCUUGAUUCAGGAACACAAGCUGUUAUUGAUAAACUUAAGAGCCACCAAGAAGCUGGAGACACUCCCGAGAAAGCAUUUACUACAGUAUUUGGCAAAGAACAACCAGGAAGAGUUCGAUGUUAUGGGAGGACAAUCACAAAAACAUCUCUGCAGAAAGAACGGAAGAUUGCUAAAAUUAAGCAACAACAUGCAGAGACUAUAAGUUCAAUAAAAACUGAACUUCAUGAGACAAAAGAUAGAGUCCAAAGUUUGGAGGAUCUUGUGAAGCUUCUCUUGCAACAGAGUUCUCUUGGCACAAAUAUUGAUGAAAUACUGUCUUUAUUACAAGCCAAGGAAUCAACACAUGAUAUAAAUAGUAAGCAAUGUCCGAAUGGCAACGAUCGUCCUUCCUCAUCAACUCGUGAUCCAAAAUGAUGACCAGCUGACACAGGUUAAGAAUUAUUGCCUUAAUAGGGAAGUUUGAUGUUACUCGCACAUAGUUAUUAGGGGAGUAUAACAAUGGCUACUGCAGCAGUUAUUGGACUCAGUGGAGGCAAUAGGAUUUUGAGUUCAUCAUACCAUUACUCUGAUGUUACCAAAAAGCUUUCAUUUGGCACUGAUUUUGGAUCCACACACUAUCAGAUUGUUCCAACAAAGUCAAGCAUAGAUAUAAAAUAUGCAAAUAGAUUGACAUCUUUUUGAUAAAUAUUAAUUACUAUUUUGUUAUGACAAUUAUUGUUAGACAAGAAUUUUAUUAUUUUGUUGAGAAUUAUUGAUGAAUAUGUAUUAGAAAUACUAA